AUGGGACAGUCGGAUCUGGACCUGCUCAUCGAGAUGGGCUUCGAGCGCCCAAGGGCGGAGCUCGCGGUCAAGAAGUCCGGCGGCCUGCAAGGCGCACUCCAGUGGCUCGAGGACAACCAGGACAAGCCUCUCGAGCAGCUCCAGGCCGCAGCAAGCAGCGCCGGCAAGGACCAGGACGACGAGGACGAGGCGGCCAUCCAGGCGGCUGUCCUUGAGGAGGGCCAGAACGCCAAGUCUCUGGUCUGCAACGAGUGCGGCAAGAAGUUCCGCUCUCACGACGCAGCCACAUUUCACGCGACCAAGACCCAACACACCGACUUCUCCGAGUCGACAGACGAGAUCGCCCCUCUGACCGAGGAGGAGAAGAAGGCCCGCCUCGAGGAGCUCCGCCAGAAGCUCAAGGAGAAGCGCGCCACGCAGUCCGUCCAGGACCGGGAAGACGCCAAGCGCAACGAGCAAAUCCGCCAAAAGGCGACCAAGGAGACCCAGGACGCCAAGGAGGAGCUCGCCCGCAAGGAGCAGAUCAAGGAGGCCGGCCGCAAGCGCGCCGAGAAGCUCGAGGACGCCGAGGCCAAGAGGCGCAUCCGCGCCAAGAUCGAGGCCGACAAGGAGGAGCGCCGCCGCAAGGCCGAGGAGGCCAAAGCCGCCCGCGAGGGCCGCGAGCCCCCGCCCCCGCGCUUCGAGGCCCAGGCCGCCGGCCCCCCC